AUGCAGGUCCUGCUGGAGCGGUCUGAGGGCAUCAAGGCUCACGCCAUCGCCGAGGCUGAGCUGGCGCUGUCGCAGCUGGAGGAGGCGCGGGCGGCGCUGGACCCGCUGCUGCUGGCGCCGGAGGAGGUCGAGGCGCUGGCGCUGGGCAGCUGCUGGUUGGCGCGCUACUGGGGCCUUGCGGCUGCGUUUGGGAUCCAUUUGGAGGUUUCGGAGGCAGCAGCGGAGCGCUGGCGCGAGGUGGCGCCGCCGCCGUCCGCCAUGCUCGACGCCGCGCGCCGCGCGGCGACGGCGGCCACGCGGCGCGGUGGCAGGAGCGGCGGCGGCGGUGGCAGCGGCGGCGGCGGCAGCGCCGCGAGCAGCAGCAGGGGUGGGGUCAGUAGAUGCGAAACUGAGGGCGGCGCGAGCACCACAAGCGGCGGCGACCAGCAGCAGCAGCAGCAACACCAACUCGCGGCCUGGUGGAUCCACCAGCGGCGGCAGCAGCAGCAACAGGACGACCGCCGCCGCCGGCAGCGGUCCGACGGCGGCGGCGGCGGCGGGGCGGUGCGGCGGCCAGACGGCGACGGCGGCGCGCGGGGGCUCCUGCUGGAGGAAGCUUCCGCGGCGGACGCCGCUGACGUGGACCUGGCGCUUCGCCAGCUGGCGGAGCUGGGGGUUGAGGCGGAAGUCAUGGGGGCGCUUGCGGAGCAGGCGCGGGCGCGGCGCGCAGUGGUGCAGCUGCCGCAGGCGGGCGCCGCCCCCGAGGGCCUCACCCCUGUGGCUUUGGGCCCCGAGGAAGCCGAGGAGGUGCGCUUCCAGGCGGCGCGCCUGCUGUACCUGUGGGCGUCCGCCGCCGCCGCGGGCGUCGAGGCGCCGCUGUCGGGCGAGCGGGCGGAGUACUGGGCGUGGCGGCUGGCGCGGGGGCGGGAGACGCUCAGGGACUUCACUGACUUGCGGCACGGGUUCCAGGAGCUGCGGUUGCGGGGGGUGGAGCAGCUACUAUGGGACGCCCGGCGCGCGGCCGCGGCGGCGGCCGCGGAGGAGGCGCGGGCGGACGGCGCCUUGAGUUGA